AUGAUAAAAAGGUACUUCUUACGAGGUGGAGGUUGUGCUUCAUCUAUUAAUAAUUAAGUUGAAACUCCUGUUUCUAAAAUUGAUAAUUUAGACGAAAAUGAUUUCUUUUAAAAAUUCAACCAAUACAUUAAUAUAAUAGAUUCUAAGUCUUAAGUUGCAAUUAAUUCAGAAGAAUCUUAAGAGAUUAUGAUAGCAAUAUAAUGGUUUGUUUUCCAAGAAGAAAACAUUUAUAAACUCAAUAAGAAUCCUUUGAGUGUUUAGAAAUCAUACGAUUUAAUCUUGGAAGGAAUUAAAAUCUUAUUGAAAAGCUGCCUGAUCUAUAUAAGAACGGAUUCAUUUAAAUGUUUUUAUAUUUUGUAAAUCACAACAUCCUUAUCUAAAGUAAUAUUUAGCUUUCAUUUGAUCAAUAAUGAGAGAUAUAUGAAAUUUAAUACUUAAAAGCAAUACAUAGAAAUUAUAGAUGAAUUAUAGGUACUAAUAGGGAUUGAAAAGAAUGAUCUAAUUUAUAAUUAAUUGGAACUUUUUCUUUUAUUAACAAAGACUUCGUUUGAGCUGGCACCUAAUGAUAGCAAUGAAAAAAGUGAAAUUUUAAAAGGUUGCCUAAAAGGUAUAAUUAUUUCUGUUUUGAAAAUGAGCCCAAACUCAGAUUUACUUGAAUCAUUAUAUCAAGGUGCCUGUCUCCUCUAUAAGAUGUAUAAUAUAAGUUCAAACAGAAAAUAAUAUGAGGUUUUUUAUUAUAUAGAUAUGUUAUAAUGGGAGAUCGUUAGUUACUUUAAGGAUGAUAAAUAUUAAAAUCUUGAAGAGAUCAUUUCCCAAAUCGAGAUGAUAUAUGAUAAAUUAGUGAGAGGCUCAAAUUGUUGGAGCGAUCAUUUUUGUUGGAUCUAAAUGAUUGGAAAAAUAUUAAUAUACAAUCCUCUUUUAAAAAAAAAAUAAUUAGAAAUAGCAAAUUAAUUAUUGAACAUAGAGAUUGAGUCAGUUUCUAAUAUUUGGAAAGAGUUAUUUAAAAAGGGAAUUCUAAUGUAAUUGAAUCAUAAUAAUGAUUAGGCUAUUAUACUUCUUCAUCAACUUUAGAAUAAAAAAUUAAUAUAAACUAAUAGGUUAAGUAUCGAAGUAUAGUUUUAAGGAUGGGAAAAUUUUUUAUUGCUUAAAGACUUUUUAAUGGAUGAUUAGUAUUCAAAUAAAGUAUACACAAUUGGAUCGUAUUUAAAAGGCAAACUCAAUAUUGGCAACUAAAACUUUACAAAAAAUGGAGAAAUGUAGAUGAUGGAUUAAAUUGAAAAGCUUAUGAGAUUCAUCAUUCCAAGUAAUUUAUUGACCCUGUUAAGAAAAAAUGAUGAUAAAUUAGGAGUAGUUUUAAAAAAUUUGAAAAAUUUAGUGAAGAAUAAGAAGUUAAAUAAAAGGAUAACUUAAGUUACAUUUAAAUAAUAAAUAUUAAAUAUAAUUUGCAAUUUAAAAGGUUAUUUCGAAAAUACAAAAGAUAUUCUUAAAAUUAUUAAUCUUCAUUAAAAUACUAAUUUAAUUAAAAGCAAACAAAAUGUUAUUGAUAAUUUUACAAAUCUCUAUAAUUUAAAUUAUGCAAUGAGACUAUUAAAAUACAUUUUAGAAUUAUUUAUAGAAGAAUGUAAAGAAUAUAUAAAUGAUUAAACCAAAGAAGAUAAAUUAUACGAGAAAAUGAGUAAUAUAAAUAUCUUUUUGGAAUUUAUGGAAUAUAUUUAAGUUGAUUUAAAAAAUCUCUACUUUUAAGACCCAAUAUCAAUCUCCUAAGUAAAUUCUUUACUUGAAAAAGUAAUAGCAUUGCCAGACCCUUUUAAGAAUUUGAAUAAUUUUAUCAAAGAAACUUUAGAUUUGAUAAAGUAUCUACAAAAUACCUAAUAAUCAAUUCAAAAGUUAAUCGAUGCUGAACUAUAAAACAGUAACCCUGCGAUUUGUUUUGAGGUUUCAUUACAGGGGAUAUUUUUGAAAUAUGCACAAAUUAAUGGUUAAUUAAAUAAAAAUUUUGAUGAGCAAAUGGCUAUCCUAAAAUAAAUGAUAAUCAUAAAUAAUGAAAUAGAUGAUAUAUCUUUGACUGAUGAAAAAUUACUAAUGAUUAAAUAAAAACUAAUUGAUUUUAACACUACCAAGCUUAUUCAAAAAUUAAGGUUUGAGGUUUAAAUUUUAAAAUUUAAUUUAAUUGCAUUUUAAGAAAAAUUCUAAAGCAUUCUGAAGUUUGCUUAGCAAGAGGAGUUGUCAAAAAUAUUAUAAAUAAUUAAUUUGGAGGGUUUUCUUCUUGAAGUAGUAAAUAAUUUUCCAAAAAGAAUUUUUGAUUAUAAUAAUAAAUUUUACAAGAAAUCUAUCACUGAAUUAAAAACUAUUCAACUCUCUGAAGAAGAUUUAUCAACCAAAUUAUCUAGGUAAAUUGGAGUCUUGGAAUAUUUACUGUUCUAAGUAGGUUUAGAAGAAUAAAUUAAUGAUGCGUACAGAGAGGAUUUGGAGCUGAUUGAAAAGGAGUUUGGUGAUUUAUUCAGAAAUUAAUCAUCAUCCAAGUAUGUUGACAAAAUUGAAAAAGUAUUUGAAGAUGCUUAAAUUAAUGAAUCUUUAAAAAUACUAAAUGAUAAGCCUUUUUCACAGCAGACAUUGAAUUUAGAGAUUGAGAAAUAUGAGAAUUUUUAUAAUUAAUUGAUACUUUUCUAAAAGGAAAUUUCAAAGAAUAUCAGCAACCAUCUGAAGGUAGGUGCAUUAAAUGAUUUAAUUAAUUAAACUUAAAUAGUCCUUAACACUUUAAAGACCUCCUUAAAUUAGAACGUAGAGAUUUAAAAAAUUCUGAUAGAAGAAGAAAUCAUAGAUUUAUAAAAUAAAAAAGAUGUAUUCAAAAAGUAGUUUUAGGAAUAAAGUGAUAUGAAAAGCAUCAAAUUGAAUGAUGAAAAGGAAGAAAAAGCAGAAAAUAAAAUCGAAAAGAAAAAUGUCAAUGAUUCCCAAGUUGAGAUUUUGGAUUUCAAAUCUGAUGAAAAAUUUACUUUAGCACUAUGGAUUUUUACUUUGAGUGUGAAAUUAUAAUAAAAACUAUUAAUAGAAGAAAAGUAGAUAUUAAAUAAAAUACUUGAAGAAAUAAAAUAAUAUUCUAGUAAAAUUUGUCAAUUUCAAAAAUAUAAAGCAGAAACUUAAGCAAAAUUACAUAACAACUUUAAUCUUUAUUUGUUAUAGUUUAUAACAAACUAUGAAAAUAUAUAAUGGAUUGGACAAGAUUUAUAAAAAGAAAAAGAAAAUUCCAGGAUAUAUUUUGAUAAAUUAAAGAUCUCUUUGGAUUAAGUAAAGAAUGAAAAUAAGAAAAUAUGUGAUGAAAAUAAUAUUGAUUAAUACAUCAGCAUUGAUGACUUUUUGAAUGGGUUAAAAGUUUUUUCCCAAGAAUAAUCCUUUGACAAAGGCUUUAUAAAAGAAAAGAUAUCGUUUGAAUAAGAAUUAUUAAUUCAAAAAUUUUCUAAAAUAUAUUCGUUGGACAACUAGGAGAUAGAAAUAGAUGAUGAAUUAAAUCAAAAGCAAACCUUUUUUGAAACUAUGAUACAAAAGUAUAACGAUUUUAAAAACAAUGAUGAAUGGAAAAUUAAAUAGGGAUUAAUAUUUACAAUUAUUUAAAUUUCAUCAAAUUGUUUUUCUGAUAUAAUAAUAGCAUUUUGCCAAAAGGCAUUGAUUUAAAUUUGGACUUCCGAAAAGGAUUAAAGAGUUAGAAAUUUAUUAAAACACCAAGAUAUGAUUGCCAAACAAGUUUAGAUUUUACAAAAGGAUUGGAGGACAUAGCAGGAUAGAAUUUCAAGUUAAAUGCAAUAGAUGCUAAGGAAAAUUGAUGAUUUGUAAGAAUAAAUUUUCCAUGAAGCCAAUCAUACAAAAAGGGAUCAACAACUUUAAGAAUUAGAUGAAACAACUCAACAGUUAGAUGAAUAAAUUGAAAACAUAAGUGAGAUGGGAUAGUAACUAAAACUUAUAACAGAUUUUGUAAAUCACAUUAGAAAAGGAUUAAAUAGAGUAGAAGUAAAGAUAAAUUAAAUGAAAGAGUAAUUAAAAAGUAUGGGUGAUGACAUUAAAUCUUUAAGAGGGAAAUCUGUUUAAUAAUUACUUGAAAUAAGGAAAUGGAAGGUUCUUAAAGAGGCAGCUUAAAAAAAUGUAAAAACAGUAUAUAUACCAUUAAAAAGUCAAGACAAAAGGAAAAGUGAUACAAAUAAUUUGAUGAACUUAGAAUAAUUUGAUGAUUUAUCAGGAGAAGUGAAUACAUUUUUGUUAAAAGAAAAGGAAACUGUAUUGUUAAUACAUGGUGUAGCUGGAUCUGGCAAAAGUACUGUUGCUAAAAAAAUAGAAGAAUUUAUUUGGAAAUUAAAUGAAAGUAAUAUUAAGGUUAAUGAAUAUGUACUUGUACCAAUAUAUAUUUCUUUGCCUUCUGUCAAAAAUCCUGCAUUUUAAAUCAUAGAGGAGGCACUUCGUCAAGAUGAGUACGGGUUUGAUGAUUUAUAAUUAAAAGAAUGUAAAGAGUUGCUAGAAGCAAGAAAGUUUCGAUUUUUAAUUUUGAUGGAUAGUUACGAUGAAAUGAAAUUAGAGAAUAUCAAAAAAAAUUUAUAUAUUAUUAAUAAGCUUUAUUCAAAUUGGUCAAACCCUUUAGUUAUAUUUACAACAAGAAGUGAGAUUCUCACAAGCAGCAAUUAUUCCGAUUGGUUUGCACCCGAAGAUAAAACAAAACUAAAAGAAAUCUAAAUCUUAAAAUUCGACCAAAUUUAAAAAAAGGAAUACAUAAAGUAGUUUACCAAUUUAAGUAUUAAAGUAUUGGUUUUUGAAAUUUAUGAAUGGUAAACCAAAAUGCUAAACAAAAUUUCUAUGGAUAUCUAAAAGUUUGAAAUAUUUUGGCAUAAAUUCCAAACUGAGUUUUUAAAGUUAUCUCCAAUAAAAACUCAAGGUGAAAUUUUACUAUAAAAGAAGUAGAUAGAAGAAAUUUUACUAUUUUUGAAAAAAGAUCAAUUCAUCUCUUUAUAAAGCAAUGAAGCACUCAGAAGGCUUGAUAUUAAUUUAUAGAAGCUUUGGAGUGUUGAAAAGUAUGAAGCAAUGAUCAAGAUGAUUAAUCUUGAUAAAUUGAUUGAUACCCCUUAUAUGAUGGAAAUUAUUGUUUAGGUACUACCUUAAAUGUUGGCCAAAGUAACAGAGAUUCUCUAAUUAAAAUAAAAUUUCAUUAAGAAUUUUUCCAAAAAGUUUUAAGAAUUAUUAAUGAGUCUAUAUCUGAUAAAAUUGUAUAAAUAGUAGACAUUAAAAUCUUCAAAUUUGUUAAAAAAUGCUUAAGAUGAAUAAACUCCAGCUGAACUAAUAAUUGAUAAUCAACAAGAUUAAAGUAAUGAAUAAGAUAUUGAAAAUCUAAAAAAAAUCGAUUAUAUUUAACUAUCUAUUGAAAUUUGGAAUAUUUUAGAACAAAAUUAGUUUUUUAGCUAAUUUUAAUUAUCAGAAAUAAAUGAGUUAAAUUAAAGGCUCAUAUAUAUAAUCGACUUUAAUAAUUUUAAGAAUAUUCUAUUUUAAUUUGAAGUUAUUAAAAAAGUUUCAAUUUCAAAUGAAAGAAUAGCCAAUCUUAUUUGCGACUCUUUAAGAGAAUAAAAUCUUACUAGUUACGACUUUUAUGAGGAAUUUAUUAGUUAAUAUCAUUUAAAAUAGAUUGAAAAAUAAAGAAAUUUAGGAAAAUCUAUUAAUACUGAUCGUUUUCUUUAUGAUUUACAAAAAUACUAAAUAAAACUGGCUAAAUAAAUGAGUAUUAAAGAAGUAACUUAGAUUUAAUAUCAGCAAUAAGGGUUUUUAUAUAAAGAUGAAACCGAUGACAAUAAAUGGUUAAACGAGUUUUUCAAUGAUGACGGGCAAGAUGGAAAUCUCAAAAAAGAUAUAAGAAGUUGUUCGUUUGUUAAAUAAAAGGGUACCAGCUUUUAAUUUGUUCAUAAAUCUAUUUCAGAAUUCUUGAUUGCCUCUGACAUAUUUGAGGUGUUAAUGGCAACAAAAGAUUUCGAGAAAUCUUUCUUAGAAAGGUGUAUGAAAAUUUUGGAAAAUGAAAAAGUAAAAGAUUGUUUAUUAUUUCUUGAAAAACAUGUUGGCUAGAAUCAUUAUGAAAUGUGUAUUUAAAAUAAUAGUCUAUCUUUGUAUGAGAAGUAAAAAUAAUUGGAUCUUAUAGAACGUAACUUUAAAAAAAUAAUGACGCUUCUUAGAAUUAUAAAGUAACACGACUUAAAUAAUGUUAAUUACUCAACGUAAAAUCACAGAGAAACUAGGAAGUUUCUUAUCCAAAAGAUUUAAAAUGAAGAAAAAAUUAUUGAAUUUUUACAAUUUAUAGUGCAUCUCACCGCAUUAGAUGAUAGUUUUAUUUAAAGUGGAUCUAAUUGUAUUAAUUUUUUAGUUGGGAUGAAAAUUGAUCUUACCAGAUAAAGCUUCAGAAAUAUCAAAAUCAAAAACACAUCAUUAAAUGCAAGUAAUUUUGCAUUUAGUGAUUUAAGUGGUUCUGAAUUUGAGAAUGUAAAUAUCGAUGGGAUAAAUUUGAAUGGAACUUUGCUUUAUAAUUGCAAAUGGAAUAAUCUUUAGAUAUAUGAGCUACAUAAAAUAAUUGGGCAUAAGGGAAGUGUUUAUUCAUUAUGCUUCACUUCUGACGGGAAACUUUUGGCUUCAGCAAGUGAGGAUAAAUCUAUCAUUUUAUGGGAUGUGAAGCUAGGUUAAGAAAAGAAAAAGUUAGAAGGGCAUACUGAAAAAGUCUUAACUCUAUGUAUUGCACCAGACGACUCUAUCUUAGCUUCAGGGAGUUUCGAUAGAUCUAUACGUCUUUGGAAUAUUGAGACAGGAUAAUAAAGAUGCUUGUUAGAAGGACAUGAUGAUUUUGUGUAAUCUUUAUGUUUUUCUCCUGACGGAGCUACUUUAGCCUCUGGCAGUUAUGAUUGUUCGAUUCGAUUGUGGGAUGUAAAAUCAGGAUUAGAGAAAACAAGGUUAGAUGGACAUCAGUUAGGUGUCUAUUCAGUUUGCUUCUCUCCUGAUGGUAAUACUUUAGUUUCAGGUAGCGGAGAUAAAGCAAUUCGCUUAUGGGGUCUCAAGACAGGAUAAGAAAAGAAAAAAUUAGAAGGGCAUAGCGGAUGUGUUUAAUCAGUAAAAUUCUCUCCUGAUGGGGCAAUUUUAGCUUCUGGAAGUGAGGAUAAAUCUAUUCGCAUUUGGGACCUCAGGUUGGGACAAGUAAAAUAAAUAUUUGAAGGUCAUCAAAAUUGGAUUCGCUCAAUAUGCUUCUCUCCAGACGGCAAUAUACUCGCAUCUGGUAGUCAAGAUAAAUCUAUCCGUAUAUGGGAUCUUAGGUCAGGUUAAGAAAAGAAAAAGUUAGAAGGUCAUCGAAGUUGGAUUAGUACAGUAUGCUUCUCUCCUGAUGGCACUACUUUAGCGUCUGGGAGCGGAGAUAAGUAGAUUUGUUUAUGGGAUGUGAAGUCUGAAAAAGAUAAUCAAAGAUAACAAGGGAAAAGCAAUUGGGUUUUUUCAGUCUGUUUCUCUCCUGAUGGCACAAUACUAGCCUCUGGUAACGGCGAUAAUUCAAUUCGACUGUGGGAAGCAAAAUCAGGAAAGGAGAAAAACACCUUAGAAGGACAUCGAAGUUGGGUCUAUUCUGUAUGUUUUUCUCCUGAUGGCACUCUACUAGCCUCCGGUAGCGAUGACAAAUCUAUUCGUCUAUGGGAUGUAGAAUCAGGGCUAUAAAAGAAUUUAUUAGAAUUGCAUGCAUAAGAAAUCUAUUCAAUAUGUUUUUCACCUGACGGCAAUAUUUUAGCAUCAGGAAGUGAAGAUAAAUCUAUCCUAUUAUGGGAUGUAAUGUUGUGGAAACAAAAAAUAAAAAUAGAAGGAAGUAAUGGAUCUGUUUUGUCAGUUUGUUUCUCUCCUGAUGGUUUGAUUUUGGCUUCAGGUUUUGGGGAUAAUUCAAUUAUAUUGUGGGAUGUGGACUCAGGAUAGCAGAAAUUAAAAUUAGAAGGACAUAAUGAAAGAGUCAAUUCAGUUUGUUUCUCCUCUUUGGGAGACAUUUUGGCAUCCAGUAGUCACGAUUAAUCAAUCCGCUUAUGGAGGGUGACUUUAGGCGAAGAAAUAAUAAAAAUUGAAGGAAACAGUCGUUCAAUAUGUUUCUCUCCUGAUGGCACUUUAUUUGCAUUUUCCAGUUAGAGCUACUCCAUCACUAUAUGGGAUUUAAAUUUAAUGCAAGAAAUGUAUAUUUUGGAAGGCCAUAAUGAUUCUGUAUCUCAAAUAAGUUUUUCUCCUGAUAGUAAUCUAUUAGUUUCAAGUAGUUAUGACAAAUCUAUUCGUUUAUGGGAUAUAAGUUUGAAAUAAGACAAAGAAUUCUAAUAAAGAGCUGUAUCAGCAUGUUUAUCACCUGAUGGUACUACAUUGGCUACAGGUUGCUUAGAUAAAUUGAUAAGACUGUGGGACUUAAAGUCUGGAGAUCAAAAAAUGAAAUUGAUUGGACAUAACUAACGAGUAGAGUCAGUCACUUUCUCCCCUGAUGGAACAAUAUUAGCAUCAGGCAGCUUUGAUGCAUCUAUUUAUGUAUGGGAUACAAAGUCAGGAAAUCAGAAGUUCAGACUUAAAGGACAUAACAAAUCUGUUUUAUCAUUAUGUUUCUCCCCGAAUGGGAUUAUAUUAGCUUCAGGUAGUCUGGAUGGAUCAUUAAGAUUGUGGGAUGUAAAUACUGGAAAUUAAAAAUUAAAGUUACAAGGAUUAACUAAUUAGGUGUAAAGCUUAUGCUUUUCUUCUGAUGGCACUAUUGUUGCUUAAGGAGCCUUACAUAAAUCAAUAAAUAUGUGGGAUAUUAAUUUAGAUUAGCAACUAUUGCCUUCUGAUAGCAGUUAUUAAGAGAUUUUUUAACGAUUAUAACCUAAUAUUGAGGAAAAUCUCCUUUAAAAAAGGAAGUGUAAUUUUUUUUAAUAAUUUAGUUUAUGAUUGUUUAACUGUCCUUCGAAUUUCCUAAUAUGAACAUUUUGAAGCCAAGGGAACUUAAAUCUUACAAGGUUAAUUCAUCAAUCAUUUCAAAAUGGAUUUAAGGAGACUAUUCUAGCAAAAGGGAAGCAUUAUCUUGGAAGAAUAAGGAAUUAACAUAUGA